AUGUCUUACGACGGCUAUCAAAACUCACAUGCGUAUGAGCAUCAGCAAGGGUUUGGCAGCUCCAGCAACAAUCCCGUCGAGUUCUCCAGUCCCUCGAUACCUCCGCCUCACAGACCAAAUCCAGAUCCCUAUUAUCAGCAGCACCCCACUUAUCCCAACAGCUACCAGCCUGAGAUAAAGCAGAAUACAGCCCAAUCCCAACGCCUCCCUCAGAAUCAGCCACAGUAUCAUUCCCCGCUGCCCCAGCAGCAUCCACCACCCCUCCAACACCCUCCACCUCCGCCAAAUACCAACCUUAACGUCCCCGGGUCAUACCCCCCAGAUCAAGCUUUAUAUUAUCAACAACAGCAUCAAAAUAUAUUAGUAAACGAUGCCAUCAAUGCCGCAGUUAACAAGGCAGAUCCCUACCUAAACCCUGAUCUUGUUUCCCAGAUCGCCGCUACCGUCAUUCAACAACUGAAGGGCGUUAACAUCGAGGGUCAUAACCAAGGCAAACAGCAACCUUUCCAUUCAUCUCCCGCUCCAACCGUUGCUCAAGCGUAUGGACAACCCCCACCAGGCCUGAACCAGUCCAAUUAUUCCCCUUCUGCCGCAUCUGGCCAAGUCUAUACGCCGCCAUCCCCGGACAAACCAUCGGAUGAACCUGUGCAUUACUAUUCGUCUCCUCCACCCCAACACCCCCAGUCACGUUACGGCCAAAACGUACAUAGGAGUCCGAGGUCAAGCCCCGUACCUGAGAAUCCGAAUAGCUCUCCAUUUGGCCAUGAAGGAUUUGGCCACGAAGGAGCUCGUCCAAGAGGCCCUAUACGGCUGUCUACCGCAACGGAGGAGACAACGUUGGAGAAGAUAUGGGGCCAGCUUUUUGAUAGAGAAGGAAACCCUACUGCGAAGUUGGGGCAGUUGCUGAGGGGUAUUGCCGUCCACUUGAUUGAGGAAUAUUCUCCAAGGAACUCUCUGGUAGUUACUCCUGCCAAAAUGCAGAAAUACUAUGAAGAAAUGAAUGUGCUGGAAGACUCUUAUCCUUGGAGAGAUAUAUUUGACGAUCAAACCUCCAACAUAUCACGGCUAUAUCGUGAGGUCCGUGCAGAGCAUCAUCUUGUCCAAGACAGUCUCGAUUCGAAACCAGAAAUACCAGGACUUACACCCUGCGGAUUUGAGCGCUGGGCCACUCUUAUGAUCCAGACGCAUCCAGACCAGGAAUUCGCCCGUCUCCAGCGGACCGUACGGAAAAUGCCAAUCAGCAACCCAAACAACAGGAAGGAGCGGUUUCCUAAAGAGAUAUCCCGCCGCCUAUUCCCUAGAUCUGCUGAUUACACUCUCAGAGAGUAUCUAGAGCGCCACAUCAGCAAACACUGCCAAGUUGACCUACUUCGCAACCCAAAGGCGGCGACAAUCACAACCUCAUUCCCUGAAGCGCAAUCACUUCCACAACAUUACCAGCAGCAGCAGCAGCAGCAACAACGGUCAACCACGCAGCGCUAUCACGACCCAUCUGGCGGCACGACACCAACAACCACCAUCCCCCUCUCGUCAUCUCCUUCUCGUUACGACCAACACGCUUGCAAGACAUAUCCACGUACCUCAUCAGCUCAGAACAUCGUUGAUCCACAUGAAUCACAACAACAAUCCCUACCGCUCCCAAUCGAGCGCGAACGCCAGCCCUACUCCAUUCAGCCGGGUGGGGGGAAGGCGUACAAAGACUCAUUGAAGAUUGAUACUUUUGGAACGACAUCCACUAGCCCCCGACACCAUCAAAGGCACUCCCAUGAUAUCAAUGGGAUGAGUGGUCGUCAGCGCAGUCCAUUUGAUGGUGCAGGAGGGUAUGGCAAAGGACAUAGACAUGCCAAGAGCGACCUGCAUGCACAUCACCAGCACGGUACGGGCGGGUCGGGAUCUCUGACUUCAGCUUCUGUUUCCCCGUUUUUGGAUGAGUUUGAGGAUUAUGACUAUGGUUACGAGGAUGCGGGGAGGGAUGGUGGGGAUGGGAAGUAUAGCGAGAAGGGUCGGGGGGAGUUGGAUAGGCGGAUGAGUUAUGAGAGGUCGAGGAAUGGGGAUAGAGAGCGGGAGAGGGAGAGAGAACAGGAGGGGGGGAGGGGGAGGGAGGGCAGGGAGAGGGUUAUGGAUAUGGAAGGGGUAAGGGAUCGAGAUUGGGAAAAGGAAAGGGAGAAAAACCGGUAUUGGGAUGAUUCAUCGAAGGGGAGUUGGGUUUCGGACGAAGAUUAUUAUGGGGGUGGGACGGGGUUGUUGGGCGGGAGAGGAGGAGGGGGGCCUGGGGGCCAUGAUCAAGGGGCAGCGUGGAGAGGUGGGUAUUGA